AUGAAUGGUACUAACCCCACAAUCACGAAUAAGAAGGACAUACCGCUUAUGGUGCGCAAGUUUCUUCAGUCAGAGGCUACAGGAAAGACUGUUGAGGAUUAUUCAGCCAUUGACUCUGAUGAUAAUACCUUCAAAAUCGAAUACUACUUUUUCUACGGCACACUCAUGGACCCCUCAAUCCUGGCCAAGGUCCCGAAACAUCCCAGUCGAAUCGAACCUCGCCCCGCCAAGAUCAUAGGGUACAGCACCAAGUUCUGGGGCGAUUACCCGGCCCUGAUAGACGGUCCGCCUGGAAAUCCGGUCUGA